AAGUAGUUGCGUCACUUCCUGUCUAUGAGAGUGCGGGAAACUCCGACAAGAAAACAUUGACAACUAGACAUCUAAUCUAAUAUAUACUUUUAUUAAUCACUUCUUAUACGGUUUUUGGUUCUCUGUUUAAUAUAUUAUAGAGGAAAUGAGGACGUUAGAAGAGGUUAAGGCGACGUUGGAGAUCGCUAAGCUAAAAGAGAAAGAUCUGCAGCCAACAAUCCACUGUUUGUCCUUUGGAGAGAACGUUUCUUCUGCAGAUUACUGCCUGAUGGAGCUGGACGACACGCUGUGCAAACACAUCGAAACUGGUGAAAGUCUCAUAAUUCGAGGGGAUAAAGAUGAGCGUGCCGUACUUUGCAGCGGCGACAAGACCUACGAUCUGAAAAUAGCCGACACAUCCAACCUGCUGCUGUUCGUACCUGAAUGCAGAACCCCAGAUCAGCUGGGCGGCAGUGAAGACUCCCCUCAGGUGGUGCACGCUCAGGUCUGGGGAUUCUGCAACAGUUAUUGGGAGUUGAGGAAACAGCGGCCAAAGUUGAAGAAGCUAAAGAAGCUUUUGAUGGAAAAUCCGUAUGAGGGGCCCACUUUAAGGGGACAAGAGGAGAAUACAGAAAACAGGUACACAAUGGAAGAUCUGUUGGAGAGGAUUCAGGCCAGCGAGCAGGAGAUAAAAAGCCAACUGGAAGUCAUCCAUGCUUGUCAGAUCGAUGGCUACUGGAGAGUCCUAGACUUUGACUAUGAAAUAAAACUGCUUGGUCAUGUGACUCAGCUCGUGGAUUCAGAGUCGUGGUCCUUCAACAAGGUCCCCCUCCAAACCAGUCUGGAUGAACUAGCUCCACUGGAGCCGAGACAGAUGAUCGAACACUGUUUGAACUGUUACGGGAAACGCUACACCGAAAACGAUGAGGUGUUUUAUGCUCUGCACGAGGAGAAAGUGUGCCGAGGCCUGGCUCUUCUGCUGCUGCAGAACGCCAUCAAGUUCAACCUGAAAGAGUUUCAGGAAGUCUGGCAGCAGAGCGUCCCAGAGGGCAUGAGCACCAGACUGGAGCAGCUGAAGGGAGUCGCUUUGGUGGACCGCAGCUCCCAUCCAGAAACCAUCUGCCUACUGAGGAUAGAAGAUCUCCCCGAAGACACUCAGGAGCGCUUCAACCACCUCUUCACGCUCCGAGAGAAAUGGACGGAAGAGGACAUCACGCCAUACAUACAAGACCUUUGUGGGGAGAAACAGACCACCGGAGCCCUGCUGACCAAAUAUGCUCGAUCUUCAACGCAAAACGGAAUUAAGGUUUUUAAUUCCAGAAGACCAGUAGCCACAUGAGCAUGUUCAAAUCUUUAUUGUUAUUUUCCUUUAUUGUUAUUUUUCAAAUAAAUGUUGAAAUCAGCUCAGUAAAAUGUGUAUAAUUCUCUCUUUCAAAGCAGUUUUUACUGUUUAAAAAUAUGUAUAUGCCCAAUGUUAAGGUCUACCAGAAUCUGUUUCUUUUUUCUUUUUUCUUUUUUUUAAAGAAAAGCAUAUAUUGAAUACUUAUAAAGAUCCCUUAGAAUAUGCAGCUACAGAAGCAUGCAAUAAGAUUUCUGGAUUUCUUUUGGUAGAACAGUUUUGAAAGUGAGGUCAGCAGAAGCAGGACUUGUUUUUGGCCACAAGGAGGCGAUCUGUACUCAAACUCCUCUAAGAAUUUCAGAUGCUUCCUUUAAAGUUGGUCUACGUUACUGAACUGUUUCACUAAGACUGCUUAAAUCGAAAGAUGACUGGUGACUUAAUUAAAAAUUAUUGACAUCUG